AUGCACAAUAAUCAGCAGCUUCAGGCCUUGUGUGAACACUGCAAGGCUCUGGAGAUGCAAAUCCUCAAAGUUAUGGCUGAACGCAAUACUGUCACAUACGUAUUGGUUUACGAUGCUGCUUUUCAAACACUCACCAAUGCUGUCCAUAUCCCAGUCACUGACCCACUUCAGUUCGUCAGCAAACCUACACCCAUUUCACCAAAAUGUGAUCCCCACCGCCCAAAUGCUCAGACGCAUUCCAAGGUUCGCUUCUGGAACAAAUCUGACUACCUUGACUGGUUGGAUUCUCUGGAGGCAACUUCAAGUGAUCACAGAAAACUGCCAUUUCUGGAGGACGAAAUUGGGAACCCGAUAUCUGAAGCCGUAGUUGAAGCUAUCUGCAAGUCGCUGUGGGGGGCAUGGUCUGAGCUUGCCACCCAUAAUCUAGCACCAUCAUCUUGGGGAAAACUCACAGCAUCCAGAACUCAGUUGGUGAACUCCAUCAUGGAAACGAAGAGGAGCGAUGAUAACAACAACGGCAACGAGAAUGAAAAGCCAAGCUCUUCGAAAGGGAAGAAACAACAAUACCAUGUUAAACAUGAAGCCCCCACGAAGAAAAUGAAAGUUGAUACGACUGAUGUCACUCUACCACCAACACCAGCAUUGUCAUUGACUCCCGAACAAGUGCCAGCCCACCUGUCUCCUACAAGAUCUCUCAAAGACAAGGAGAACACACCAACCAUUCCUGCACCAAAGUCUAUCAAAGUUGUGAAUCCACUUGUCGCACUCACAGCUGCUGCUGCUCAAAUCAGCUUCCCUCCACUUCCUCCCAUCUCAGAGUCCACACCCACUAACACAUCUGAUUCUAUGAAGGCCUCGACUAGUAAGGCGCCAAAACUGGAGGCAAGGCAAAGGUGUGCCCGAUCCCCACUAGAAAUGGAUGCAACUUGUGCGCACCGCACUGGCUCAAGCAAUUGA